AUGAAGGAAUUUGGUGUUGUUGGUGAGCAGAAAACGACGAGUCGCAGCUUCUAUCAAUGGGCAGAGGCAGAGGCAGAGGCAGUGGCUUGCAGAUGCGAUGGUGUUGAAAUUCCAGGUCAAGGCAAGGUUCUCGGCCCGGCAAACCCCACACAGGAAAAUGCCCCUCACUUGGAAGAGCCGAAAACAGGUAUUAUGACGAUCGACCCGGCAAAGCAAGAAUACUGAUACUGUGCUUCUGCUUCUAGAAAUCUUCGGCUAGAAAAGGGGGAGGGCCUCCUAGAAGUAUUUCAUUGCUGAUUGAUCCUCUUUUUCUCCCUCUCACGCAAGUUCUCCUGAAUGUGUGCGUUUUGCUUUUUCUUCGUUCUUGUCUAGUUCCGGCUCCCCACGCCCCGUUUUCCAGGGUCAUGCAAGCCAGCACCAAAGCGUAUGCACCAUCAACAGCUAGCAAUCAUCGCUAGCAACCGCUCUCCCAACUCCAGGAAUGCUUUCACCGUCUUUGAGCCCGAGGCUUUCAAGGUGUCACAAGACGAAGACCAUCAAAAUACGAGGCUGAAAAAUACCCGAACAGCAAUCGUCUUGACCACAAGGUGA